GCGGACAUUAAUUAGCUUGCUCCGUAUCCAGAAUCGGAUUGCGAAAGGAUGUCGCGAUCUAUGGCCCUUGUGUUGGUCUUGCUCGUGCUGUUUCUGACAUCGCAGUCGGAGUGGAAACCGCCUAGGACGGCAACAGAUCUUUCUGGAAAGAAGCUGAACACGGAGGAAGACCGGAUUCACAAGAUACAAGAAGAUAUAAUAUUGGAGUUGACGGACGAAAAUUAUCGCUUAAAGAAACUUGUGGAGGCGUUAAAUGUGCAGCUGCACGAAUGUAAGAAACGGAUUCCGAACCGCACACUAUCAGGCGAUGCGAGUGCGGGCGAGGUUGGCGAGGUCGGCGAGGUCGGCGAUGCGAACAGCAGGACGGAAGAAAGAUCACAGCUGGAGGAGAAGAGCGGAGUCGAAGAUGGUGUUCUUGUCGAAACACCGCAGGAGAGGGCGGGUGCAGCAGACAGUGCUCUUGCAGGUGUAGGUGGUGAACCCAACACAGAGGGAUCAGGGGAAAGCGACCUCGAAGGAGGGAAAGCGGAGGCAACCGUGGAAGCUAGGGAAAAUGGGAGCUCGUCAUUGGAGGAAGGGCUCGGUCAACGGAGGCGUAAAGCAGCCGAACAACUUAGUGACCAACUACAUGGAGAUACCAAUGGAGUGUCAGCGGUUCUAGAUGCAGGAGACGAUGGGCGGACGGUCGAGCGGACUGUUGAUUGGGUUGUUCCAAGGUCCACCCUGACGUCAUUAUCGAAGGUGCUCGGAGACGUUGCGACCUCCUCAUCGGGGCAAGUGUCAGCGGAAGAGUCUGCGACAAAUGUGUUUGUAGAUGGAAUUAGAAGUGGCAAGGAAGGAGGAGGACCCAGCCGGCCAAUCGAGCGGCGCCAUGGUGCAGAUCAGGCACGUGUCCGUUGGGCGAAGAACACGGUUCUGGGAGGGCAUAGGUUCAAACCCUUGGGAAGAUAUGGGCGUGCCGAGGUUGGGAGCGUUUAAUCGGUCGGUGUACUGCCGGUUUCUCAACGCCUGGUUUUAGUGUGUAUACUCCUUAAGCGGGGGCUCGCGAGGUCAAGAUACCUAAUUGUGAUGGCGUCAUGAUUUGGGCACACUCUUGUUUCCUCGAAGGCACGUGGCAGACGGAGACGAAUCUAACACAGGUGCAACGAAUGUAUUCUACAGCCUUAGGAGGCUCGCUCUGCGCCAGAGCAAAUGGAACAAAUUAGGUGUUAUGUUCUUUCUCCGGAGGCAUUCGAGAAACAUCUGUCUCGAGGAUCGGAGUGAGGGCUGCGAGCUUGCAGAACUUUUGCCAAAAGUUUUCAGAAGGUGAAAGAUGGUGACGCAACACAACGACGGGAGGAUGGACCCCGCCGGUUCGUGAUCAGGGCACACGGCAUCAUCAUGCUGCUGUGCAGCUGCAGACUCAAAAGUUAGCAAGAGCUUGGGCUUGGACGGGAGACCAAGGAAUGUAUCGCGCAAGGAUCAAGGACAAGAGUGAUCUGGCGACUGCCAUGCGUAACUGGCCGGAGCACAGGAGCACAGAGUUCAAGGGAAUCGCACAAAGAGCGCGUGUUAAGGGAAUCGCAGUCCACACACAUCGGUAAUAGCCUGACAGGGCAAGACUCCAAUACACGCGAUCAUCUCCCCAAACCGAGCUCAAGCUGGUAGCGACAACAAUUGUGAAAGAAUGGAGGGCGGGAGUGACAGCAAGGUGGAGGGUGGGAGAUGGAGUGACUAUGGGAACGGAUGCAUCUCCAAGACAGCGAGGUAGUAUAGUAUGGGGAGGGAUAGGAGAUGGUGUGGUAGAACCGUAGAACGCAACAGAGGCUCUUUCAUGGGGGCAGCAGUGAAGAAAGGUAGAUGGCGAGACGCACACGGGUGUGAUAUGGAUAGACUGGCUGAAAAGUGUUUGGUGGAGCUUGGAAGAGUAUAAAGAGAUGCCGAUGCAGAAAGGCCAGUAAAUGCAUGCCCCUUGCAGCAUUCUGAAAAGUGCUUGGUGGAGUUGGGAGUGGGCGGUUUAGAGAGGGGGUGUAGGAGAUUAGCAGUCGGAGGGGAGGGGGGACCCUAAAAGCGCAGUGGGCGGAAAUGGAGUUAUAUGGAAGGAUAGGAGGAGAUGCAGGUGCAGAAGGGGCAGUAAAUGCAUGCCGUCGCG